GAGCCAAAGAGGGAACUGGAGAGUGAGCACUUUCCAACCACUUCAUCUGAGCAACAGACAGAUUGGCAGGAAAGGCCUGUCAGCCUUUGCCUGUGCCACUCAGGGAGCCCCCAUCCAUGCAAAUAACCUGGGGAGAAACUGCCUGGCAGUGCCCACUCCAGCAAAAGUCCAUUUGAAGUGAGGGGACCUGGGGAUGUGGUGAAGAGCACUGCCCCUCCCAGCACACCCCACACAUCCUGGGGUGCAGCAAAUCUGGCUUUCAGCCAGGAAUCAAUGCCAUAUGUUCCUGUGUCCCCACUGACUCCAAUUGGCUUUGCCAGAAGAUCAAUGUGGGAAAUCUCCCACAGGAAACAUCUUUCAUUUUCUCACUGUUGGCCUUCAUAUGCACUUAAAAAAAAAAAAAAAAAAAUCUUAAAGGCAUUUUCCUUCUGCAUUGCCCCUAGGCCAAAGCUAAAUGAAACAUUGGUCACUCAGCUAAGUCAUUUCUCUUCUGGAAUCUGGAGCACAAACUUCAUUUUCACAUGAUCCAGUGACAGUCCCAUGUCUGUAUGAGCCACAGGCAGAGUGCAAACCUGAUCCCUUCCCUGUUUCCUAGAGAGAGUUUCCUAGAGUUCCCAGUUUUGGGGUGACAAACUAAUUUGCCUCGGCAGGACCUGUCACCCACACAAUGCCAUCUUUGGGAUUAAGAAAUCUCAACUAAACCACUGGAUGCUGCUCUCCAGACCUGGAAGAAAUUCUGCACCAAUGCUGUGGAUAAAUGGGUGUAUAUAUUAUCAUAAUAACUGCCUAAUGAGUCCUCUAGGAAGCUCAACAAGCUCCCAAGAGAGAGGCAAACAUCCAAAUGAGCUGGUAAUACACCAGAGAGGAAGAAUAAUAGAGAAGUUGCAUUCCCAAAUUUCUCUCAGUGUAGGAAGUGCAGUCUGAUCAGGAUGGUGGCCACGUGGAAAACAGAAAAGAUACCUGGGGAGGUUUGGCCUCCAGCCCAGGCAAGCAGCACCUGCAGGGCUCUCACACAGCCAUGCCCUUCUGCCUCAGCCAUGGACUGGCCUCAGGCUACUGAAGGACAAGGGUGUGGAGGCUGCCCUGCUUCAGCUCCCAGCCAGGCCUGCCCCAUGGCAUUGGCACACACCUGCACCCCUGGCUAUAUAAGCACAGCUCUCCAGCUGGGACAGUCUGCUCAGCACUGGCCUCACCAUGGCUCGCUGGUACAUCCUGGCCUUGGCCCUGUGCUCCUACCUCGGGGUAGCCUGGGCUGCCACCCUGGGUGUGGUGCUCACCGAGGGAGGAUUUGUGAAAGGUGAGAAUAAGAAACUGGGACUCUUUGGGAGCUACGUUGACAUCUUCAGAGGGAUUCCCUUUGCUGCCCCCACAAAGACUCUGCAAGACCCUGAACCUCAUCCUGGCUGGGAUGGAACACUGGAAACAAAGAAAUUCAAACCACGCUGUGUGCAGAUGACGCUGACACAGACUGACAUCCGUGGGAGUGAGGACUGUCUCUACCUGAACAUCUGGAUCCCUCAAGGGAGGAGGCAGAUCUCUACCAAGCUGCCUGUGAUGGUUUUCAUUUACGGCGGCGCUUUCCUGGUGGGAGGCAGCCAGGGCGCCAAUUUCCUGGACAACUACCUGUACGAUGGGGAGGAGAUCGCCGUGCGGGGCAACGUCAUCGUGGUGACCGUCAACUACCGCCUGGGGCCGCUGGGCUUCCUGAGCACCGGGGACGAAAACCUGCCAGGGAACUACGGGCUCAAGGACCAGCACAUGGCCAUUGCCUGGGUGAAGAGGAACAUCAAGGCCUUUGGGGGUGACCCAGACAACAUCACCAUCUUUGGGGAAUCGGCCGGUGCCACCAGUGUCUCCCUGCAGACACUGUCCCCAAAGAACAAGGGCCUGUUCAAGAGAGCCAUCAGCCAGAGCGGUGUCGGGCUCUGCAGCUGGGCCAUCCAGAGGGACCCGCUCCUCUGGGCCAAAAAGCUUGGAGAAAAGGUGGGCUGCUCCACAGAAAACACCACCAUCUUGGCCAACUGCCUGCGCAGCUCUGACCCCAAAACCUUGACCCUGGCUUACCACCUGCAGCUCACCAACCUGCCCAUGCCCCUGGUGCACACCCUGGCCCUCUCUCCUGUGGUUGAUGGGGAUUUCCUCCCAGACGUGCCAGAGAACCUCUUUGCCAAUGCUGCCGACAUCGACUACGUGGCCGGGGUCAAUGACAUGGACGGGCACUUCUUUGCCGGUGUGGAUUUACCGGCCAUCAACCGCCCGCUGGUGAAAGUCACUGCGGACGAGGUGUACAAAUUGAUCAAAGGCCUCACCGUGGACAGGGGCGAGGCUGGAGCCAACGCCACCUACAACAUCUACACACAGAGCUGGGGUGAGAAACCCUCGCAGGAGGUUGUGAAGAAGACAGUGGUGGAGCUGAUGACUGACUACAUCUUCCUGAUCCCCACUCAGAAGGCACUGGACCUGCACGUGCAGAAUGCCAAGAGUGGCAAGACCUACAGCUACGUGUUCUCCCAGCCAUCCCGCAUGCCCGUCUACCCCAGCUGGGUGGGGGCAGACCAUGCUGAUGACCUGCAGUACGUGUUUGGGAAGCCCUUUGCCACCCCCCUGGGCUACCUGCCCAAGCACAGGACUGUCUCAAAGGCCAUGAUUGCUUACUGGACCAAUUUUGCCAGGACUGGUGAUCCCAACAAAGGGAAUUCAGAUGUGCCCGUUUCCUGGCCAGCCUACACCAGCAAGGGCAAGUACUACCUGGAUAUCAACAACAAGAUGAGCAAGAACUCUGUGAAACAGGACCUGAGAUCACAGUAUGUCUCCUUCUGGAACUCAGACUAUCUGAAGCUGCCACAGGUUGCCAACAUCUCCCAGUCAGAGUUACUGUUCUGAACCUUUUCAAGAUAAUUCAUUAAAGCCUUGCAUGUAACUGA